AUGGCUAUCAAAAUACUCGGAUUCCCUGGAUCUACUUAUACUCUCGCUGUGCUCAUGACUCUUGAGGAAUUAGGUGUACCUUAUGAAUUCGUCGAGGUUGAUUGGACAGAAAUCAAGAGUCCGGAAUUUUUGGCCAAACAUCCAUUCGGUCAAGUUCCGGUUCUCAUUGACGAUGAUUUCACACUUUAUGAAUCUCGUCCAAUCGCUGUUUAUUUGGCAAAAAAAUAUCAAGGAACUAAAAAAUCCACUAUACUUUACCCUACUGAUGAUGAACGAAAAUCCGCAUUGUUGGAUCAAUACAUGUCGGUAGAAUACUCUGAUUACGACCCAGCUAUAAAAAUAGUAGCCAGAGAGCUAAUAUACACAAAAUUUAAUGGUAAAACUCCUGUUCAAGAAAAUAUUGAAGAAGGUCGUGAAGCGAUUUCUAAAGUGUUGGAUGUUUAUGAUAAAUUAUUGGAGGGCAAAGAUUAUUUGGCUGGUGAUUUCUCUUUGGUUGAUAUUUUUCAUAUACCUUACUCUAAUUACCUUAUUAAAUUAAAUAAUCGUGAUUUGUGGGAGGAUCCUAAACGCCCCAACGUUGUUAGAUGGUGGAAAUCCAUUUCCAAUCGUGAAAGUUGGAUAAAAUUAAUCAGUGAACACGAAGCAAAAUUACUUGUAAAGUAA